CUGAUAGAAGAAUGUGGAUGCUACGAAGACCUCAAGGUGCUGUAUUUUGGACUAAUGUCCUAGAAAACUUCACCGCCGAUCAGUGGCGUCAGCACUUUCGCAUGUCACGCACCACGUUUGAGUUUGUUCUGCAACUUGUUGAGCGAAGUCUGAGACGAAAGUCUACAAACUGGAGAAAGCCACUUGAACCACGCCGUAGAUUGGCUAUUGUUUUGUGGUGGUAUGCUACCCCUGGCGAAUACUGCACAAUCAGUUGUCUUUUCGGUGUGGGGCUGUCGACUGUUUGUACUCUGGUUCAUGAAGUGACCGCGACAUUGAAGAGAAAACUUUUCAAACGAUUCAUCUCCUUGCCCAGAGGAGAAGCUCUUCAAAACACUAUAAAUGGAUUCGCUGAACGUGGGUAUCCAUUAUGUGCUGGUGCAAUAGACGGGAGCCACAUCCCUAUUAUUGCUCCCCAGGAAGAUGCUGCAGCUAACUACAAUCGUAAAGGAUGGCAUUCAAUUGUACUUCAAGCUGUUGUCGACCACAACUUCUGCUUCACAGAUGUGUAUGUAGGCUGGCCUGGCCGCACACAUGACGCUCGUGUGCUGUCCAACUCUCCCAUUUUCCAAAUGGCAGAAGAAAAUGGUGGCUACCUGUUUUCACAUGACAACUCAAGGAUUGUGAAUGGAGUUGAGGUUCCUGUCCAUUUAAUUGGUGAUGCUGCAUACCCACUCAAGAAAUGGCUUAUGAAGGGUUUCACAAAUCACCAAGCGCUGACCCCUCAACAACGGCUGUACAACUACCGACUGAGCUCAGCACGAAUGGUUGUCGAGAACGCCUUCGGACGACUCAAAGGGCGUUGGCGGUGCUUACUGAAGCGCAACGAUGUCAACACCGCACUGAUGUCUGAUGUUGUUGCUGUUUCUUGUGUUCUGCACAAUAUUUGUGAGAUGCAUGAAGAAACGUUUCUGCCUGACUGGAACAUCACAGAUGUUUUGCAAGAGCCAGCGCAAGAUGUUUUCCAGGGAGUGGGAGGCCGUAAUGCUCAAGCAAUUCGGGAGGCUAUGAAAACGCUCUUCUAAAUUGUUUACACUGUUACAUGCACAUCCAUCUGUACCAAAAACUGUGAAAUUACGCAUGAAAAACAAAUAAAACGUCAACAAUUCUCAAUAAAAAA